GACUUAGCCAUAAUUCUAAUGUAGCGCAUUAGUGCAAUUAGAUUGCACUGUAUUUGAUCGAUCUUUCCUCGUUUCCAUCUGUUUCUACGAAGGAUUUGAACAAUUAACAUGGCGGUGCAAUACGCUCCUAUGAAGCUGCGUGUUCCACCAGGCUUUCAAAAUUUAUUGGAGGGUUUGGCGAGGGAAGUUUUGCGAGAGCAACCAGAGGACAUCAUCAAUUUUGCCGCACAGUAUUUCAAAAACCAGCUUCUAAUCCGUGAAGGUACGCUUUCGCUUUUGGUGGCUACAGUAUUUAGAUGACUGUGUAAACAAUCCGGACGCUAGCUGAAAAUGCAAGCUAAAUUGAAUGUUCAGUGCUCCGUUUUUUUUUUUCGGCCGGAUCCGUUCUAACCAUUUGCAUCCUGACUUGGAAUAUUACACAGGAUAAUACUCGUUUAUUAAUCGCUCUUCCUAGUUUUUAAUUUCCCUCCUUCUGAAGGAAAUUUUGCAGAACUUCCGCCCGUUAAUGUUAAGGGCCUUUUCUUUUCCUUGCCUUCCACCUAUUUGCAAAGCAGUAAAUCUUUAUUGAAAGCUUUAAAAAAUUAAAUAUAUACUUCUAAGUGGAAUAAUAUUGAAUAUUGAAAUUGUGGGGAAACUAUAUUCUGAUACAAACUCACUGCCAUAAAUUUUAAUAUACUUUCCAUUUUAUGGAAGGAAGCAUUAAUAAUUUAGCUUGUGAAAGGAAUGUAAUUUUUAAGAUUUUUCUUGUGUAGUUUUACAAUUUUGGUAUCACAGUAAUAAAAUUGAAGAAGAUCACUCGAACACAACUUUGAGAACUAUUUCGCCUUCAAAUCGCUCCAAACAAAAUUCAUUAUGUCCUUAAAAUAGAGUUUCUAUUCUGGAAAUGUAUUUAUGUCUCAUUCUUUUGUGUGAUUUACAAACUUCCAGAGACUGGCAAAGACAAUGCAAAGAAGGGUGAUCAAAUGGAAAAGCUGCAGAGAGGAGAGGAAGUUGACAUUGAUAUGAAUGACCCUGAUGUGCAGAAAGCUGCGACUAAAAUUCAAGCAAGCUUCCGAGGACACAAAGCUCGGGAGGACGUGAAGAAGCACAGAGAUGAGGAAGCUGCAGCUGUCAAAAUUCAGGCAAGUUUCCGCGGGCACAAAGCACGUGAGCAGAUAAAUGAGAUAAAGGCUUCAAAAAGCAAUGUGCAAGUAUCAGUGAGUGUAGAUGCUGCUGAAGACGCCCCAGAAGAAGUUGUCUCUGUAGAGGUACCUGAUAAUGAGGUUGUCCAGGCAGGAGAGGCAGAAGCUGCUGAAAAACCAGUGAAGCAGGAAGAUGCUAUUGAUGAGCAAGAUACUGAGGGGCAAGCUACAGAGGACCAACCCACUGACGAGCAAGCCACAGAUACACAACCUGAUGACUUGGCAGCUGCAAAAACUGAAGAUGCUGAAGCUGAUGUGCAGGAGCCUGUGGAGCAGGAAGGACAACCUGAUGGUGCUGAAGGAGGAGAGGCAGUUGACAAGGAGAAGACAGAAGUCGUUCCAGCUGAAGAGGCUGUAACAGAAGAAGCAGCUGUUGAUGAAGCCAUUGGCAAAGAUGCUGAUGAAGUUGUCGAGGAUGCCGAUAAAGAAGAAGAUAAGGUUGAGAAAGAGGGAGAGGUAAUUACUGAUGAGCAAGCUAGUGCAGCAGAUGAGGGAAAGGUAGAAGGUGAGGAGGAACAGAUAGAUAUCGAUAUGAAUGAUCCAGAUCUGCAAGGUGCUGUAGUUAAGAUUCAGGCAAGUUUCAGGGGUCAUAAGGCAAGGGAGCAGGUAAAGGCACUGAAAAGCUCGGAGUCUUUACCGCAUGGUGAUGAAGAGGUAGCAUCAGAGGAGAAAGGGGAAGUAGAUGAAAAACAGGAAGCUCCAGCAGGGGAGGAAGAUAAAGGUGAUGGUGAUGCUGAACCAUCAGUUGCUGAGGAAGCUGAACCAUCAGUUACUGAGGAGGCUGAUGAGUCAAAGCCUUCAGAAGAUUAGGUUAAAAUGAAUUCUGUUGUAGAUAUACUCAUAUCUAAAUAACAUAUUCUGCUUUUAAAAAGAUUAAACUUAAUCUAUAGUUACUUUUAAAAUGUGAGCAGCUUUCCUUAUGUGUAAAUUCCAAUCUAGUUCAAAAGCAAGAUGAAAGUUUUUCAAUGCUUUUCUUUAAACUAGAUUACUAAGCAUUGAAUACUAACUUAAAGAUGAUUAUAACAAAUGAAGCACAAAGUGUAUUGUUGUACAUAAUAUUUAUUCAAUGUUUGGUUUGUGCAUAGUAACUUAAUUUUGUAAGUUUACUAAUGUACAGGUACAGUGUAUAUGCUUGUUAUUUUGGGAGUUAGUUAUAGACAACUGAUGGAAGGCAUUAAAAAAAAAACAAAUAUUGUCCAGUGCUAGUCUAGGUGGUUAUAAUCAACUCUUGUGUGGGUAAACAAUCAUUUAGGCUGUUACCUUAUCAAUCAGAGUCUUAGAUUUAUACAAACAACCUCAUUGUUGAUAAUGUAAUGUUGUUUCAGUUUAAUGAUUGUAUGAUCUCAAUAAUUUAUAUUCUUUUUUGGUGAAUAACAUGGAUUUUUUUUUCUCUACGCUCAAUAACAUAUAAUUAUAAACCAUUCAUGUCAGUGUCUUUAAAUAUGUAUUUGGUGUAAAUCACAGAAUGGAUUCUUAACAUAGAAUCUUUUACUAAUUAACUGUCAGAGUGAUCCUCAUGUGAAUAAUUGAUCAGUUUUCAUGAAAUUCAUCGAACAAUGCUUUCACAAGAUCAAUAUGGGGCCAUUAACUCCAAAUCAGUAAUUGAGAGGUUUGGUUUGUGGGUGUAAAUUGGACAAAACUGCUUACGUGCUAAGUUGCUGUAAGUUUAUUAUUGAAUACUUUUUGUGUGACACUUAAUAUUUUAUCUGUGUAAUAGUGCAUGUGAUCUCCUUGAGGUUUUUUCCCAACCCUUGGAAAAAGAAAUACAAACAAAACACAUGUUUUAAAUGCAUUUAUCAAUAAACAAGGAGAAAUUUUACUUACAGGAAGGUGAUGAAGAUUAUGUUAUGAUAAAGCAUCCCUUCAGAAUUUAUGUAACUUACGAUACUUAGUCUGAUAACAAUCAGUGCAUGUUUAUCAAAAGGAAAAAUAAUAAUAACUGCUUUUAAAAAAAGAGCCAAUUAGUUAAGGUAGUUUAAAAGCUUUGUGAUCAAAUAGGUUAAUUGCAUUUAAAUAUAAAGAUUUUGGUGAAGGAAAUAAUCUUUUUUUUUAUCAAGGGAUUCAGAUGAAAGUUUUACAGAUGAUCUGUAGACUGUAAUGCUGAAUUUCCUCAUGAUGGUCUCUUUGAUAAAGUUUUUUUGUUCACAUUUAUUGUCAUUGGUUCUACUGAUCAGUUAAGACAGAGUGAUUUAAUAAUAGAUGCAAUGUCUAUCACCACUUGUGUAUCUUAAAAACUUUAGACUAAAAGUUGCCCAAUUGCAAUUCAUAUAACUCAUCUCCAUCACUUCAAUUUGUAUUAACAAACUCUCGAUUUUCUUGUUUUCUAUCUUGCCAAACUCUUAUUUUGUCAUUUCUCUCACAUUUGUGGAAACAUUGCAUUUUAAGAAAAUAGGAAAUCAAAAUAUUGACCCUGUCAAAGAAACUCCAGGGAAUAUAAAGAAAUUUGAAGUGUAACCCUUGUCACUAAAAGAAACCAUCAUAAUGUCAAAGGGAGAUGUUAGACAACUAGUUUGGUUUGGUCUUAAACCCUUUCACUUUGAAGAUAUAAUGUCAAUUCUCUUCAUUUUAGAUCUCCAAAUGUUGCAUUUUCCUGUCCUCUCAUCACCUCCCAAAUUUAAAUGUAUUUUGUAUUUUGUGAGGGGAAAUUCCUGUCUGGUCACUCCUGGGAGUGUAAGGGUUGAGGUAGAUGUUUUCUACAAUUCCAGUUGCUUUAUGUUAAUUUCAAGCAGUAUUAUUUAAUUUUGUUUAUCAACUUUGGCCAAAUAUAUACUUUUUCAGGAUGUUCUCAUUAGACUGUAUCACUUAACUUAAUUUAUUUCCUAAUUAUAAUUAUUUGAGUGCAUGGUGUGAUUAAUUUUGUACAGAUAUGGUGAAAAAUGACAUGAAAAUUUUUCCAGAGAUUAAAAAGUGCU